UUUGCCGUUUUCUGUUGACCUUUUCGCGUACCGCUAUCGAGUCAAGUCCAUUCUUCAUUGUGUUGGGGCAGCCAUUUUUCGGUUUGGCGUCUGUCGGUGUACGAUUGAAUAAUUUUAGUCGAAUUAGUUUCUGAGCUAGGACUUUUCUACUCUUUCUACUCAGCUUACGAUGAAGACGGAAAAGGAGAAUUUUAAUGAAAAUGGAGGAGGUAUGGACAGAGGUGAUGAAGAAAGGGAUCGAGACAGGAGAGGACGAAGGGAAAGGCAGAGUCGGUUUUCUGGUGGUGGAGAUCGAGACCGCAGUCCUCGUGGGAAAAAACGAGGAAAUCGAGUUUUGGUUUCAAACAUACCGUAUGAAUACCGCUGGCAAGAACUAAAAGAUCUGUUUAGGGAACAAGUUGGAGAAGUUUCAUUUGUCGAACUUUUUGUCGAUGAAAAUGAUAAAGCAAGGGGUGUUGGCAUAAUUGAAUUUGCUUCAAGUGAAAUGGCAAAAGAAGCUGUUGAAAAAAUGCAUAGAUACGACUUAAAAGGAAGAAAACUUGUUGUUAAAGAGGAUGACAGUGAUAGAGAUAAAUAUGGACGGAUCAUCCCAAGGGGUGGUGAUAGAGGUGGACGUCGUGAUAUGGAACGAGGAGGUGGAGGAAACUGGAAUGACAUCCCAUCUUUGGUGAACGGUCCUCCUGGCUCUAACAGUAAAUGGGGCAAUACAUAUGGAUUAAGUUCACAGUUCUUGGAAUCCCUUAAUAUUAAUGGGCCCCUUGUACCUCGAUGCUUUGUAGCCAAUUUGGAUUACAAAGUCGAUGACAAAAAACUUAAAGAAGUAUUCCGACUCGCCGGUAGAGUGAUCAGCGCCGAAAUAAGUUUGGACAAAGAAGGAAAGAGUCGUGGAUUUGGUGUGGUCGAAUAUGAACACCCAGUUGAAGCGGUGCAGGCAAUUUCAAUGCUUAACAAUCAAAUGCUUUAUGAGAGACGACUGUCAGUCAGAAUGGACCGAGUUGAUAAAAAUGAUGGAUUGCCUCCUAAACUGCCAGAAGGGUUGAAGGGCAUUGGAAUGGGCCUUGGUGCUAAUGGCGUCCCCUUACAAGAUGUUGCAAGGAAUUUACCAAACUCACAACCUUCUUCAAUGCCACCUCCAGUCCCAGCUUUAUCUGCAGUUAACAAUCCUGCUUUAGCAGCUGCAGCAUUAGUCGGAAACCUUAUUGGAGCUCAGGGUGGUGGAAGUGGGGACAUCACUUCUCUCGCAGCAAAUUCCCUUGGUCUUAACACCGCAGCUGCUCUUACAGGUGGUGCCAAUCCUCUCGCUGCACAACUCUUAGGUACUGCUGCAUCAGGUGCUGGAAACAUCAAUCCAUUCGGUGGAAACUCAGGUGGUGGCAGAGAUUUUGAUUCGCUCGGAGCCGCUCUUACUGGAGGUUCCGGGUUCAACCAAGGAGGGUCGUCCGGAGGUCUUGCUGCACAAAGGGACAACAGGAACCUGGGAGGAAACACAGGCUCAAUCGGCGGUGGGUGGCAAUCCGACACCAUUAUUAUUUCCAACCUCCCUCCCGGUACUACAGGGAAAAUCCUGAUGGAGAAAUGCAGAGACGUAGGGGACGUGAAAUUCGCUGAAAUGAGGGGGAAGGAAACGGGGAUUGUCCAGUUUACCAACCAAUGGGUUGCCCAGAGGGGGAUCAAUAUGCUUGAUGGAAUGAGAGUUGAUGGAAGAAUUAUUGAAGUUCGCUUUUUCUGAAGCAGCCGACUGUGAGUAAUAUUAGUACCCAACAGUCGUUAUUAAUGGAAUAAUAAUGUAAUUUUCAAUAAUCUUCAUUAACUUUUCAUUCUCAUUGUACUAGUGGAUUAGUUUUUAUUGUAAGGAAAUAAAUCAUUCAAGGACUUUUCUUAUUAUCUUGGUUGGUUUUCAUUUAGAUUAAGGAGAAAAUUUUUGCGUAUUUUAAACUUCUUUUAAUAUUUUUUUUUUAUAUUCCUGUUGACUGGGUUUCCAAUUUUAAACAAUCUCUUAAAUUUAAUGUUUAUGUAACCAUAUUUGGGAUAUAUGUUAUGCGAUCCUAGGCAUUCUUAAUAAAUUGUGGAUGAUAUUUUCUUUUUCUAUGCAUACUUCAUUGUGUUGACGAUGUUGGAUUCAAUUUGGUUGAUUUUUGGAGAAUAGUUUGUUUUCAACUUUUUAUGUCAAAAUUAGUAUAUUUACGAUUCAAGUGUGGAAGAGGAAGACGUUUUUGUCAUGUUUGUAUUCUGGCUACUCCCAUCAUCUCUUUCGCUCUUACUGAUUUUUGUGAAUUGCCCUUAAUAUGUAAACUGUAAAAGUAGUAUCAAUUAUAAUAAAGUAUAAGUGAAACUUUG